AGAUCACAGCCCUGACCCACGCCCGGCCUGUUUUAGAUAAAUAAUAAUAAUAAAGGGUGGCUGCGUUAGUGCAGGAUUUGCUCUGGCCUCUUGUCCCUGACAGUGAAACGGAGGGGGGAGGGAAGGACAAGGUGAAGGUCUGAAUGAUAUUUUAUCGACGUUUCAGAUUUUUUUUUUUUUUUUUUUUAAUAGAAGAGAGGUACUCCUGGUGGCAGCUAACACGGAUUCCCGAUAGGAACUGUUACCCUUGCUCCGUGCCAAUACCCAUAUAAAUAUCUCAUCUCCCCUUGAAGACAUGAAUACAGAAAUUACAUAUCAUGAGGGUCUAUUCUGCCACCUAAUUAAAGAGAAAAAAUGUUUUUAAUUUAAUGCAAUUUUUUUUAUUUGUUGUGGUAUUUCAUUUUCAAACAAUUUCUUGUCUGUUUCAUUAAUGAGAAAGCAUGACUUUUUGGGGUUUUGGUUUACUAAAUCAGAAGCAUUUUCUUCAUUUUUAGCAUGGGGCGUUAUAUUCUUGCAAAUUUUUUAGUUGAAAGUGUGCUUCUGAAUCAGUUUGUCUUUCUAUAUAGAUUAACGUGGAAAUAACAUUAAUGCUUAGAUUGUAGCUAACAUUGCUACAAUGGGGAGGAAUUCACAUGUUCCUCCCCUACCCCCCUCCAAGGAUUUUGCUGGUCGUAAGGACUGGAGCUCUUGAUUGUACUUGAAGUAGCAUCAGUUUCUCUGCAAGAUCAGAGAUUAGACAGAACAUUUAUGUAUAAGCUGGGGUCUUUUGCUUCAGUCUAUCUUGUUAUCGGUUCAGUAGAUAGCCACUCUGAAAUCAUCCUGGCACUAUGAAAAUAGAGCAGUUCUACCCCUCAGUUUUCCCAGGGUGUUUCUGGUCGAGAGUUCCUUUCAUCAUAUGCAUAAUGAAACUUGUAUUGCAAACCUUAACAGCUUGUUUGCAGAUGCCGUAUUACUGUCUAUCUGUGCUGAUGGGUAUGUUUUAAUAAUUUUCUUUGUCUCAUGCUUUCUUGAUACAAGAAUUAUUUUUGUUUGUGUGUGUUUGUUCUAGAUGGCGUUGUCAGACUCGGUCACUACUUGUCUUUCUCAGCCUGUGCAUUAUGCAAUUUGCAAACUUGGAUUUGAGAAGAAAGACACAUAUGAUAUUAACAAUAUUUUAUCUGGAAAUGGUGAAGUGUGUUGGCAAGCUGUUACAGAGCAUGUGUGUUACCUUGAAUCAGAUCAAAGUGUGGAUUAUAUCAAAAGCAUACGAUCAUUAGGACCUGUAUGUGAGUCUGUUAAUGUGCACUUCAAAUCUCUGACCAAGGAGCAAUUCAUAAUUCAGUAUGCAUCGUGGUUGCACUGGACAAACUGCACAGAGGUAUUUCUUGAAGUGUUUGAUGUUUUACAAUGUACACAAACUACAGAAGUUGCUCUUGGCUUAAUGAAACUAACAUCAUGCUUGGAGCGAGCCUUGGGUGAUGUAUAUUUACUUAAGAGUAACGAUUGCCCUUUCCUUCUAAGAGACUUGCUUGCGUCUAAGCAGCUAGCAGUUAUCUUUGGACAAGCUGUAAUGAAUGUACUGCGGAUAUUCAUUGGCUCUCCAUAUGGUCUGAAUCUUCGUAAUGUUUUGUGGCAUGGAUUUGCAUCCCCACAAGAAAUUCCUGCCAAAUAUUGUGCUAUGCUGCUUUUUUUAACUGCAGGGUUGGGUCAGUUGUUGCAGAUUUAUCUUCUGCAAAAUAAAUGCAUUUUACUACAUCGACCUUAUGUGAUCUUCGUUAGCUUAGAGGAGCUUGAUGUAUUUCCAGAUCUCAAUAAUGAAACACUUUCCAUAGCUGAAGAGCUUGUAAAACUGUCCAGUUUUGUAUUAAAAACAAUGUUACCAUAUUGGAUUGCUGCUUUAACAGCUUUCAAGCAAAGCAGGUAUGCUGACAGUGUGAUUCUCUUACUUCCUCAGCUGGAAGUUGGACUCAGAUUGCUCUUCACUACAACUAAUAAAUGUCCAAAUCGUUUACUAACAGCUGAGUCUUCUGCUUUCUACACCACUUUCGAUGAGAUGCUAGCAAAGCAUUUGGAUAACGAUGAAGUCAACCAGCUCCCUGUAGUUCUUGAAGAGCCUGCCAUGGAAUUUCUUUGGGAUUUCUUGAACCACCAGGAGGGUCCACGUGUAAGAGAUCGUUUAAGCCAUGGAGAAAUCAAUCUGGAAGCAUUUCCCAGAGAAGUAGCUAAUCAGAUAGUUGCAUUUGCAAUUACUCUUCUCUGCAGAUUCUCAGAUGAGAAUAUGUUUUCUCUUAAGGAACACACGGUCAUAAAACCACUGAUGAACUGUGCAAGUUGCUACCAAUCUCGAUUUCAUCCAAUUUCCCGUCUCAAGAAACAGGUGCUGGAAUGUAUGAAGAGCAUUCACUUAUGGUCCGGAUUGCCAACAGUGUCUGAGGAACAAGUUCAAACAAUUAAAGGUUUGGAAGAAAACGCUGAAGCUAGUACUUUAAUUUUGAUGAUAUCUGAAAUUACAUCUCAGUUGGUGCAAUAUAUGCCCCAGAACUGCUGUAGUUCAGACGAUCCAAUCAAUAGUGUCCUAACAGAGAGGCUGUUGACUGAACUUUGCGAUACACGUGUUUGCACGCUUUAUUCUCCUCGACCGGUUCUGGAAAUAGUGGUGAUACUCCGCAAAAUAAGCACGCAGUGCCAUCAAGUGUCCGAACAAGUUAUUGCCGGCGCUGAGGUGAGAUACACACAGUGGGUGAACAAGACUCUACGUUCUCGUCAGAGGCAUAACUAUCUACGGAUGUUGAACAGCAUUAAAUUUUUAUCUCCAGUGUUGCGACUCAUCUUAAUAUUGAUUACUGUGGAAGUAGUCAGUGUUCAUGCCGUUUGUAAGAAGAAUCCUUUUGAUUAUCAGCAGUAUCUAAAGAAGCAUCAAGACCAACUAGAGGUUUACUGAGGCAGUCACUGCACAAAUACAGUGAAACAUCUAUUAUGAUCACUUUUGGAGAAAUUGAACAUCUCUGAAAAAAGAAGUUUUGCAAACAUUUUAAUAAUUAGGUGGAUGUUCAUCACAUUUACCACACUACUUGCUGAGGACUUUUUGAAUUUGCCAGAGGCUCAUCAGCUCCCCAUUUCCUUACUCAGUUUAAGAGAAUGAGUUCUUUGAAUUUAAAAAGUUUCUUAUUCAAACAAAUUAUUGUUUUACAAAACAUAAGUAUCCAGAUUGUCCCUUAUUAAUUGCUGUGAUAUCACACAAAAAAAAUCUUAUCUCAAAAGUAGUAUGUACCUUUUGCACAAGAAUAAUAAUUGUCAAGAAAUGUGUUUAUUGAGAAAAUUGCACUAAGGUCUCAGUCUUAUUGCUGUGGUAAUGCUUUUUCAAUCUGUUGAAACUGAAAUGUGCUAUUCAUGUGCCACCCUGCAAAGAAGAUCUAGCUGAGCAUUGCUUGUUGGGUGGCCUUUGAAAACCUUGUUCACAGUAGCACUUUCAAACCAUGCGGAGAGAUUGCAGCUAAAAAGGAUUUUCAUUCACAUGAAUUGAUUUUUGUGCACUGUGAAAUCUUGUGUAGAAAUGUUGGAACAUCCCCAGAAGAGCUUGUUUUUGCUUUACAGUACAUGAGCGCAUCUGGUCCAUGUAUGGUGUAUCAACUUUUCUUCAUAAAUUAGUUUGCAGAUGCAGAGCAGAUUCCUGCUGGUGCAAACUAUUCCUGUCCCAUCUUCUUCAGUUCCGAUCCUUUACUUUGCUAAGGAUCUUCUCUGUGCUAUUUGGGUUUCCCUUGACGAGUGCUGGUUUCUGUCUGUGCAUCUUGUACGUUUUCAGUGGACUGGAAGAAAGAGCUAUGUAGUUCAGAUUAAAUUGCUGUAUAGCAAAGCCUAA